UUUAACGAACCAAUCUCUCUCUCUCUCUCUCUCUCUCUCUAUUCCCAUAAAUCUUCAGUAGAGGAAAGAGUCGCUCUGGGAAAGAACCCGAUAUAUGUCUCGUAUCGUAUCCGACCCCGAUAUUUCGGAUACCCGAUACUCUGAUAAUUUCUCGGGCUUUGAUCGGAUACCAGCGAUGGAGCUCGAAGAUAUUGCGAGGAGCAGCCUCAGCCGUCGGAUGGACGGUCCAUCACCGAGUCUCGGGCAGCUACUGAAGCAUGUCGGAGAUGCGAGUAACGAUACGGAGGUGCCAGCACACCAUCUAGUGGAGCUCAGUGAGUCGGGUCUGGGCCGGAGUUCUCUGCCUUUUGUGCUGUCUUUCAGUAAUCUGACUUACAGCAUCAAGAUCCGACGGAAGAUGACGAUGCCGUCGUUCUUGAAUCGUAAUAACGGGACGGUAUCAGUCGAUUCCGUCGAGACCGGGAUAAAGUCGAUGAAGACGAAGACGCUGUUGAAUGAUAUAUCCGGCGAGGCGAGGGAUGGUGAGAUCUUGGCCGUUCUUGGUGCAAGUGGGUCCGGCAAGUCGACGCUGAUCGAUGCGUUGGCUGACCGGAUUGCCAAGGACAGCUUAAAAGGAUCGGUGACACUUAACGGCGAGGUCUUGGAAAGCCGGCUCUUGAAGGUUAUAUCGGCGUAUGUCAUGCAAGACGAUCUUCUCUUCCCGAUGCUGACAGUGGAAGAGACUCUGAUGUUUUCUGCUGAAUUCAGGCUGCCGAGAUCGCUAUCAAAGACGAAGAAGAAAGCACGGGUUCAGGCCUUAAUUGAUCAGCUGGGCUUGCGUAGCGCUGCUAAGACGAUUAUAGGUGAUGAAGGGCACCGAGGCGUCUCAGGUGGGGAGCGGCGACGAGUCUCGAUCGGCAUCGACAUCAUCCACGACCCUAUAAUUCUGUUUCUCGACGAACCCACGUCGGGAUUAGACUCGACGAGCGCAUUCAUGGUUGUGAAAGUACUGCAACGGAUCGCGCAGAGCGGGAGUAUUGUGAUCAUGUCCAUACAUCAGCCUAGUUAUCGGAUAGUGGGACUUCUCGACCGUUUGAUCUUCCUCUCACGAGGACAGACGGUCUAUAGCGGUUCCCCCACUAGACUUCCUCUCUUUUUCUCUGAAUUCGGACACCCAAUUCCCGAAAACGAUAACCGAACUGAAUUUGCACUUGAUCUGAUUCGGGAACUGGAAGGUUCGCCGGAGGGGACUAAGCGUCUGGUCGAAUUCAAUAAAUCAUGGCAAGGAAUGAGAGCUCGACGAAGUCCCAAUUUCGAUACAUCAGGCCUAUCGCUGAAAGAUGCAAUCAGCGCUAGCAUUUCACGGGGGAAGUUGGUUUCAGGCGCCACGAAUGAUUCCGGCUCCGCAUCCCAAAUGUCCACGUUUGCAAAUCCGUUCUGGAUUGAAAUGGUUGUGCUGACUAAACGGUUCGCUACAAACACCAGACGGAUGCCAGAGCUAUUCGGUAUUCGCCUCGGUGCAGUCCUCGUCACUGGUUUCAUCCUCGCGACUAUAUUCUGGCAGCUCGAUAACUCUCCAAAGGGAGUCCAAGAACGGCUAGGAUUCUUUGCAUUUGCCAUGUCGACCACAUACUACACCUGCGCCGACGCGCUUCCUGUCUUCCUUCAGGAACGGUACAUAUUCAUGAGGGAGACGGCCUACAACGCCUACCGCCGUUCAUCCUACGUGCUAUCGAACUCGAUCGUGGCCAUACCGUCACUGAUCGUGCUAUCGUUUGCAUUUGCAGCCACCACAUUCUGGGCGGUGGGGCUUGCAGGAGGAGUGUCGGGUUUCUUCUUCUUCUUCUUCAUAAUUCUAGCGGCGUUUUGGGCUGGAAGCUCAUUUGUGACAUUCCUAUCUGGUGUGGUGUCCCAUGUCAUGUUGGGCUACACUGUAGUUGUUGCAAUUCUCGCAUAUUUCCUCCUUUUCAGUGGAUUCUUCAUCAAUCGGGACCGGAUUCCGCCAUACUGGAUUUGGUUUCACUAUAUUUCACUGGUGAAGUAUCCAUAUGAGGCAGUGUUACAGAAUGAAUUCUAUGAUUCGCGGAAGUGUUUUGUGACAGGUGCUCAGAUCUUUGAUAACACACCACUGGGGUCGGUCCCUCCUUCGAUGAAGGGGUCGCUGCUGAAAGCGAUGAGUGGGACACUUGGAGUGAAUAUAACGAGCACGACGUGUGUGACAACGGGGACGGAUAUACUGAAGCAGCAAGGGAUUACUGAUCUGACUAAAUGGGAAUGCUUGUGGAUUACUGUGGCGUGGGGAUUCUUGUUUAGGAUCUUGUUUUACUUCUCUCUCUUGCUGGGGAGCAAGAACAAAAGGAGAUGAAUAUUGAAGAUGGAGGUUGGAGAAGACAGGAUAAAAAUGGAGGGAAAUUUUCUUUUUCUUUUUUUUUUUU